AAAAAAGUUCUCCAGAAGCGAGUAUCAAUCAGAGAGAAGAAAGAAACACACUGAGUCAGAGGAAUAGAAAGGGGAGCCACACAAAACUAGAAGAUCUAUGCGCAAAAUACAGCUCGGAGCGAGGCGACACGCACUUUAGGAAUGGCCGCGCACGUGUCCAGGAUCCUUCAACGUGUGAAUUAGAUGCUCGUUUGGAUUAUUUUUUGUCACUGGAGAACUUUUUGAACUUGUACAACCACUGUGCGUGUGUGCGCCGGCCCUGCGCUUGGUGCCUGCGGAAGGUGCUGUUAAGAUUCACUCUCGGCUGGAUUUGCCGUGGGAGAGAUGAGCGAGAGGAGGCGAUCGGCCGCCGCGCUGAGCUCCAGAGCGCACGCCUUCUCGGUGGAGGCUCUCAUCGGCUCGAACAAAAAGCGUAAGCUCCGAGGCUGGGAGGAGAAGGCUCUCGAGCUCUCUAUGGAAAACCUCGCAAGCAACGGACAGCUGGGGGACGGAGAAGACACCGGUCAGUGCCUGGAUAUCGACCCGGAUUGCGAGGCCAGUCCAGGCUCGGACGGCGAGGUUCUGGCGGAGAGAUCGUCCUGCUCACUCGGUAGCCCCGCGGAUCUGAACCCCGCCGCCUCCAUGGAUGAGAUCCAGGUGGAGCUGCAGUGCGCGGAUCUGUGGAAGCGCUUCCACGACAUCGGCACGGAAAUGAUCAUCACCAAGGCGGGGAGGAGAAUGUUUCCUGCCAUGAGAGUUAAAAUUGUGGGACUGGAUCCACAUCAGCAGUAUUAUAUAGCCAUGGAUAUAGUACCUGUGGACAACAAGAGAUACAGGUAUGUUUAUCACAGCUCAAAAUGGAUGGUAGCUGGAAAUGCAGACUCUCCUGUUCCCCCGCGUGUGUAUAUCCAUCCGGAUUCACUGGCCUCCGGGGACACGUGGAUGAGACAGGUGGUCAGCUUUGACAAACUGAAACUCACCAACAACGAGCUGGAUGACCAAGGACAUAUCAUCCUACACUCCAUGCACAAGUAUCAACCACGUGUCCAUGUGAUCCGGAAGGACUUCAGCAGUGAGCUCUCUCCUACUAAGCCCGUGCCCACUGGGGAAGGAGUGAAGACGUUCAGCUUCCCUGAAACUGUUUUCACCACAGUCACAGCGUAUCAAAACCAACAGAUCACCCGACUAAAGAUUGACCGCAACCCGUUUGCUAAAGGUUUCCGGGAUUCGGGGAGAAACAGGACAGGUCUGGAGGCGAUCAUGGAAACAUAUGCCUUUUGGAGACCACCUGUGAGGACGCUUACAUUUGAGGAUUUCACUAACAUGCAGAAACAGCAAGGAGGGAGCACUGGCACAUCUCCUACUACCUCGAGCACUGGUACACCAUCUCCUUCUAGCGCGACUCACCUUCUCUCUCCUUCCUGCUCUCCUCCCACCUUCCAUCUUGCUCCCAACACCUUCAAUGUGGGCUGCAGGGAAAGCCAGCUGUGUAACCUGGGGCUGUCUGAGUAUCCUGCCUGUGCCCGAAGCAAUAUGCCAACCUUGCAGAGCUACGGAGGACUGGCCGACGGAUCCUACGGCCGUCUCCAGUCAGCAGGUGGCGGCAUGGCCUCCGCCCAGCCUUCAGACUCUUUCCUGCCCCAGAGGACUUCCUCUUUAAUUGCAGCAGGAAUGCAGGGCAGCACUCACACCUCAUUGCCCACCAGUAGUAAUGGCGGCGGUAGCACUGGUGGCAAAAUGGAUGCUUAUGGAAGUCAGUUGUCAUCUUUCCCCACCUCCCAGCUCCAGUAUGUGAUGCAGGCAGGGGCAGGUACGGCCUCUGGCUCGUCCGCGUCUCCAGGGACUUCCCCUUCCUCGGCGCACAUGUUUACCGGGAGUCAUCACCACAUGCAGCAGGGCUCAUACAAUGCCUUUUCCAUGCACAAUCCAUACAACCUCUAUGGAUACAACUUCCCAGCUUCUCCACGAUUGGCCACCAACUCAGAGAAAUCUCAGGCCAGCCUGCUGUGCUCAUCUUCUGCUGGGGCCUUUGCUGAGCGUCAGUACCUGUCCGGUGGCAGCAUGGACAGCAUGCCCAUGAUAGGAAAUCCCAGCAGUAGCCAGCAGGUGUCCACAGCCUGUGAUGGCCGCCAGUAUAGCUCCUCCUCUCAAAUGUCUAUGCACAUGGUUUAAAAAAAAGAAAAACAGGGUGAAACGUUGUGUGUCAUCAGAGCAAGAAGUCAUAUCAAACUGUUUCUCAGUCUGUUUUUCUGCUAUAAUAGAAUUUUAGCAUUUUCAAAAUAUUCAGUGUACGUCACAUGUUGCUGAUGGACAUCUUGAAUCCUUUUAAAAAGGGGCUAAUCAUCUCAUGUGCAGACUUUAAAUCACUCAUGAGUAGUACACGGACAACGUAAAAGUGUUAUUUAUGUCAUUUUUCUUUAUGAUACAUGCCAAAAAUAGGCAAAUACAUAUAAGAUCGUAUGGACCUGCCUUCUUUACUUUCCAACCUCAAUCCAAUGCAGUGUUGACGCAAAUGAAAUACUUUGUCUUAUGAGGGUGCUCUUGAAGGAGUCUAGUGAGAUUUGGUGCAAUAAUGGACUCACUGAAUCAUUUCUUAUCACACACAUCCUUUAUCUAAACAACGGACACUCAAAGCUGACCUAGGUGUUGUUUUUGUUAAAUAAUAAAAGCACAUCAAUCUGCUUCAUAACAAAGUCAUUUGAGAGAAAUCGAAACAUUAUGCUAGUGAAUAUUGUUCGCUUGAAAAGUGGAAAACGUUCACCUGAAGGACACCGAUGGGCAGGAACUGGAUUUGGAGAACUGUUACUUUCGGUAAAUUUGUCCUUGCCGAUUUUAUUAGAACUUGCUUAACCAAAUUUGGAGUGUAUCACCUUUUUAGACACUAAGCUGUAAUGUUGAUGUGUGGAAAACAUAGAAUACCAGAGUAUUAAAUGUAUGUUUUGGAGUGCUGUAGAAGUGUAAAGUAUUUAAGUGCUAUGUGACAAAACAAAUGUGCAGUAAAUAUAGGUGCCAAGCACAAAACCUCAGCAAUGCAAUUCAGUUCCUACAACGUACACUAUUUGGCAGCCUGUUUAAGAAUUUUGUAAGAUUUAUUCUUUCAACUGGUUGUGAAAGAAGUGUAUCGACGUGGUAAAAGAAGGGACAAUCGUUUGCUUCCCAAAUUGGCAGGAAAUGUAAAUAGUCAGUCAUAAGCUUGUUACCAAAUUUUUUUGUCAACAUUUUGUGAAAUAAAGGACGUAUUUGUCAGGACUCGAAAGACACAAACCAAAGCCCAUGUUUUGACAUUUUCAAAUGCUGUACAAGCCACUUUUACAACAACUGUUGAAAGAUCAAAGGGGUUUUUUUUUUCCAAGCAUGAAAGUGAGGAGACAGGCCAGUACCCUUCUCAUACAGUAUGACUGAGAGCUUGGUCUUCUGGACUGGACAAUGAAUGUAAAUCUGUGUCUCCUUCUAAGCGUAUGUCUCUGUGGUUGCCAUGUGCAUGAGACAAGAAUACUUUCACGAGGAUCUGAAAAUGAAUAUUAUAAAUAAAGAAAUAAAUAAUAAAAGUUUAAUGCUGCUGUUUGUGUGAUAAAAAAAAAGAAGAAGCUCAUGUUGAUGUUACAUUAACCCUGGCUGUUUAUGAUGCAUGGUAAUAUACCACCAGCUCUGACAGAAAGACAGAGAGUGACUUACUGGCUUGGUUUGGUUGGACAUGGAUCAUUUUUACAUUUCACAAUUUAUUAUGUCUGCU